CCUAUGAAAUGAAAAAUUCCUGUCUUCAUCUGAUUUCUUACUGAUUCGGCUUUUACAGCCAUAAACAACGUUAGCCAUGUUAUUUUUGAUUUAAAUGCGUUUUUGGGAAUGAAUAAUAUAACAAAAAUACACUUUUUUAUUGCUGUAACAGUAGUUUAAAACACACCCAAUGGUCACCAGACUGGUGAUGAAAAUGAAAUAAAAUGGCUUCAAGUUAUUGGUUUUUUUUAGUGCAUUGCGUUUUGCGUAGCUUAGAAAAGUCAAGCCUGUGCUAUACGCCUCAACUUUUGUUACUUAUUUGUUCUAAGGUCCUACAUGUCCUUGAAAUAAUUAAAUAUCAUAUUCUCUUUGUAAGUAUUCCUUGCUCGAAAUUAAAAAAAAAUAUAUUUUUAUCACAACACAACGAAAUAGAAAUAAAGUUUAUUUUAUUGGAUAUUUUUUAUUAAGAGUACCUAAAUAUUAUAUUCUUUGAAUAACUUUCCCGAGAUAGUUUUAUGUUUGUACCAUAUUUGUUUAAAUAAAAAAAUGCAGGAUGAACACAGAAGAGCUAUUCAAAGACAUUUUCCUUCACUAGUGGAACAAACAGAUCUCGAUUACAUGGUUUCAGCUUUAUUCGAAAAGGGAGUAUUUUCUGAGCAAAUGAUAGAGCCAUAUAGAGAUGUUGCAAAAGAUGUGAGAGACCGAAAACGUUUGAUGUAUAGUGAUAUCACUAGGCGUGGACCAAAUGCAUUUAAACAUUUAUUGGAUGCUCUCUCUGAUGCGGGGUAUUGGGAUCUGGUAAGGGACCUAGAUCCGAACAGUUCACUUCAUGCAAGAAGGAGUAAAUUAUCGGCUCCUAGUACAAGUGUAUCUAAUGAGAACAAUUAUGUCAGUAUCAGUACAGAAAAAAAGAAAACUAAAACAAGAUCUGAUAUAAACAAAAAUGAACCACCUCCAAACAAAGACUUACCAAGUACUGAUAACAGACUGUAUCUGACUAAUGUUCCGACCUUCCAUGUUGUGAAAUCUAAAAAAUUCUUCGAAGAUGGAGAUGACAUUAAGUUGUACCGCACCCGAGGCCGGCAGCGCGGCAUUCUAGUGGUGUUCAGUUACAUAGAGUUCAUCAACAAUAUCGAGACAUACCGCAGGGGUGUGGACGUUGACUGUCAGAAACUCAAGUACUUGUUUGGAGAACUGGGCUUUCGAGUUCUGUCCUACCAGGAUCUCACUAGGGAGGAGACGGUGGAGACCCUGAAGUCGCUGAAGGAGGUGGUGGUGGGCGCGGAAUGCGUGUUCAUUGUGGUGUCGUCGCACGGCUACGAGCGACAGUACAGCUCCGACACAGACAUCCGCUGCAACGACGGCCGCCUCAUCACCAUCUACGAGAUCAUCGAGUACUUCAACAACAAGAACUUCCCGGACCUGCACGGGGUGCCCAAGGUCUUCAUAUUCCAGCUGUGCAGGGGUAGAAAUAUGGAGUACAUUGACGGCCCAAUGCACUUGUUUCCGCCGGAGGAGUCCCAGAGCGAGGAGCUGGCGCGGUCCGAGCGGGACGGCACCGUGGCCGCGCCGCACCAUCCGGAGGACACGCGGGGCCGCUGCCUGCUGGCGCAGCAGCAGCGCGACCGACUGUACUCCGACAUCCUCAUAGCGCACUCUACGCUGCCAGGCAACGUGUCGUACCGCGACCCGGAGGAGGGCUCCUGGUACAUCCAGACGUUGUGCGAGGUAUUCGCGGCGCGUGCGCACGACUGCCACGUGGACAAGCUGUUCACGCUGGUGGACCAGCAGCUCCACAGCCGCUUCAGGAUCCAGACGUCCUCCGUCGACCGCUGGGCCUUCAACCGCCGCCUGUACCUUCACCCCGGUCUGCCUCCCCCGCCCGACGCUGUACCUAACACUUAAUACACCCUGCACUGGUGUGAACAAUAUUAGCUCCAAUCAAUUAAUCAUAGCUUUAAGUUAGUAUACAAUUCAGUAUUGCCUUAUACCUGCCUGUUAUAUUAAUGUAAUAGUGUAAAUCAAUCACAAUGACUCAUUGAUAUGAACAAGUAGUUAUUUAUCCAACUGUUGUGAAAUAAGAGGUAUUAUACAUGAAUGUGGGUGAUAAUAGUAUCACAUGAGUGUUUUAAUAUCUAAUUAUCGACAGUUGCAUACAAGGCUUUAUCUACGCCCAUAAUAUGUAUUCUCUAAACGAUUCUGAAACAGUUAACUUACUGCGAACAUUAAAACAGCCAGUCCUAGUAGUAACCUAAUAUCAUCCCUUACUGAUUAUAUACAAAUAAACUAAGUAUUAAUUAAAUAAUAAUUAUUUUUAUUGCAACAUUUAAAAUAUCUGGUGGUGUGCUGUCAAAACUUGAAUCGCUCAUUUUUUGUAAACAAAAUAAUAAAAAUAUCGAAGAAAAUGGCGGGGAUUCGAAUAACCUACUUUUUUUUUACGGCGCGCGACGUUCUGGUAGUGUGGAACGCGCGUAAACGAAAAUGUUCUUUUUUUGAAAUUCAUACAGAUACCACGUAUCGAGCAAUAAGAAUGUGACUGUCUGUUGAAACUCUUUGCGCAUGAAGGGAUCGAAAAAAACAACGGAGUGUUAUUAUGAAAUUCAGUACAACAUUACAUCACCCGUUUAGCUGAUGUAAUGGUUAUUAGGACAUUGGGUGUUUUAAUGUUGGCAUGUUGUUUCAGAAUCUUUAAUAGAGGAUUUAAAGCAUGGGUGUAUAGAGAUAAAUACUUUUAUAUAAUCAUUAGACAUUAAAAGACAAAAGGAAUAUUUAACUAAAUAUAUAAACAUAAGUCCGAUUGAUCUGGUAAUCCUGUUAUUAAUGUUAAAAAUCUAUUUUAAAUAAAUAAUAGUAUAGAGGACCACUUAUAAAAAUUAUUAUGUAUACUGAGUUAUAUUUUUUUUAUAGAAAUGUGCAAAUGAUUAUUAAAGCCUUUUAUAUUGUAAUACCACUAAUAUUGUAUUAUGUAUUUUAAUCUUAUAUUUUCCAAUAGAAUUACUUUUUAUACCAUAGACUUUAUAUAAGUUAAGCUAAAUAUUUGCAUGCUAGGAAUAGUGCUAGCAAAAUGUAGCUCAUUAUUAUUUUAACAUAAAUAAAUAUAUUAUUAUUAUACUAGCGUAUAUACAACCUGACAGCCUGAUAAUGAGUGGCCAAUUUUGAUUUGCUAAUAUUUUAUUAUUAUUUUGAGUAUAUGUUUGAGAUGUUCUACUCUCUUGCACUUGUUCAUCUCUACCACUGACCUAUAACUAUAUACAAUUGGACUGGCGGCUGUCAAAGUGCUUUUGUGCCUGUUUGAUAUUUGCCAUUUUGGCGCUGUUAGCCAUGUAGCGAGAGUCUGCAGUACUAAACUAUUGAUGGCAACAUAGAGGACAACAUAGAUGGUGGGAAACUAUUUGCAAAAAAAAAUGUGUAAUUUAUUACUUGAUAUUUCAUUCUUAAGGUAUAAAUAACACGGAAAACGAACGAAAUUAAUUAAAAAUGCAAAAAUAGUUGAAGAGUAUUGUAUGUUCGUUAGCAGGCAUUUGUAUUAUACGUCAAAAUUAGUUCUCUGCACGCUCACGAGUGGCGCUUCAAAUAGGCACAAAAAAUUUGCUGUCAAACAUAUGGAACAGACUGUCCAGUGGUACUUAUGGUACAGUGAUGUCUACGCUACUAUAUUGUUAGUCCUAUGUUUUAUACGUAGUCGGCUGUUGCUUCUUUUUAAAUUUCAUUAUAUAGGUAGGUAAUUAUAUUAUGAUGUAUAUUGUACUAACGCUUGUACAUCAGUGUAUACAACGAAAAUUUUAUAUAUAAUAAUAGUUUAUAGCAUGUGUUAUAGCAUUUUUUUAAAUUCUGGGUUAUGAUAUUUGUGACCAUACUUCAAUGACUUAGGUUGUGUGGAAUUCCUGGUUAUGUCGCAACCCUGCUAAAUUACACCUAGCUAGAUAGUAUAAUAUAUCGCGUAAAGUGGAAAUUGAUGCUUAAAACGAGUACUGUUGUAAGAACUAUACAAUAAAGAUCUUGUUAAGUAACUUCAUAGAUAACUAAUGUCAAUUGUAUGUUAUUGCUCUAUGGGUUGUUUUUUAUUACAGACUGUCUACUAUACAUGUAUGAUGCAGCAUGUAGGGAUUAGGCAUAGGGGUCGAUUAAGGAGCGUGUUGGUCAAUAUCAUCCGCAAAUAUAAUGCUAAAAUGCCAUAUCUAAAAACAACUGGGAUCUGGUAAUUUCUGUGGGGUAUUAAAAUUCAAUUAAGCCACACCUCUCAAAAGUCUGUUUCUUACAUCUGAAUAUUAUGCCAUCAAUUGAUAAUUUUUUGUGUGCUUGGUGUAUCGGAAACCUAAUAUUAAUGUGUUCUCUGAAAAUCAUUCAAUUAUAACUAACCAGCCUGUGUUUGACCCGAUAACUUUUUAUUUCUUGAUUACAUUAUUUAUAAAAACCACUAACCUUACAAAUAAAUUUGGUAUUUGUAGUUAAAUAUUUACGGCCAUAUACAUAAACUUGGUAUAAAUUUAUACAUGAGAAUAAACCAAGAAUAUGCAAAAUGUUUACAGAUAGACUAUUGCUUAUGAUUGGUUUAUUUGUGACUUAUAACGUUUCCCGCGUUUAUUAUCAUUUUUUUUUUGACAUUCUGAAAAUUUCAGAAUUAUCAUUGUAUUGACAAUGUUGUCAGUCAUUUUGGUUUAUUCUCAUGUAUAAAUUUAUACCAAGUUUAUUUAAAUAUAGCCGUAAAUAUUUAAUUCCCUCAAUAAAAAAUAUUUGAAUAUUUUAUAAAAUAUUAUUAUAUCGUGUAUUACAUAUUACAGAUUUGAUGGUGCAUAUCUUCAUGUUCAUAUUUUAGCUAAUAUAGAGUUAUAAUUAAUGUUGUAUUACUAAACGUAUGUGAUGUAAUAGCAUGUAAGCAAUUUUGCAAGUUCAUUAUUGAUACUAAUUGUAGCCCGUAUGUGAUAACUUUGAUAUAAUAACUUAUUGCUCAAUAUUUGUAUAUAAUCUAUGACAAAUUCAUUAUUUUUAUAUUAAAUAAAUGUGUUUUAUUUGUUUGAACA